AUGCAGUCAGGCGAUAGUGCAGCUGGUUUUAACGAAGGUAAACUGGACAAGAUACGAACAGAGAUACCAAUGUUGCAAGCUGACGACUUAGCCAGAUGGGCCUUGCGCCGGUUCAGUCGCUUAGCAGUUGGCGCGUUUCUGAACUUUGUAUAUCUUACUUCUGAUGGCUCUGUCAAGCUUCUCCCGCACUUUCUCAGAACUCAGUUGUGGAGAUGCUCCAAGACGCCGACACGAACUCCAUCUCGCAGUGUUCUUUCAUCAGAUGAUUCGAAUACUUCCAACAAAAGGACACCAAAUUCUUCUGUGACAAAAAUGUCAGCAGUGCAUGAAUGCGAGGGUGACAGAUUUAUCCCUAACAGAUCAUCAACAAAUAUGUCUCGAGCAUGCCAUGCAAUUCGGAAUUGUAAAGAAAAUGUACCAAACGAUGAGACUGUAGAAUAUCAAAAAGCUGUGGCAGAAAGCCUAAAUACGAAUGAUUGUCCUGGUAGUAGGAUUCUUCGCUACAAUGCCUCUCUUCGAGAUAGUGGUAAUAAGAACAACCUCGUGGAGAACAAAGUAUCAUCUGUAAAUGGACCUUACAAACGUGCUAUACCCCAGAUGCCAGAAAAAGUACUUGAUGCUCCCGAUAUAAUUGAUGACUUUUAUUUAAACAUAUUGGAUUGGUCUGUGGAUAAUGUUCUAGCUAUUGCAUUAAAUAAAGAAGUGUAUCUUUGGAAUUCAUCUACGGGAAGCAUUACUUGUUUGAUGUCUGCUGGAUUCGAAGACGAAUAUAUUUCUAGUUUAAAAUGGUCUCCUGACUCACCAAAUAUAAUUUCAAUAGGUCUUAGUGCUGGUCGUGUUCAACUGUGGGAUGUAUCCAGCAAGUUAUUAGUGCGUACCAUGCGUCUCGGAGGUGUCAGUUCAGCUGGUCGUGUUCCAGCGGUUACUUGGCGUGAAUACUUAGUUUCUAGUGCGUCUAAAUCUGGACAUAUCCGACAUCAUGAUACACGAAUUGCUCAUCAUGAAGUUGGGAUCGCUGACUUUCAUACUCAGGAAGUUUGUGGACUAACAUGGUCUCCAGAUAAGCGCUUCCUUGCCUCAGGUGCUAAUGAUAAUUUUGCUGCUAUUUGGUCCGCCGGUGAUACGUCGAAGCCUAUACACGUCCUAAGAGAUCAUCAAGCUGCAGUUAAGGCGAUGUCUUGGUGUCCAUGGAAACCAAAUCUUUUGUGCACUGGUGGAGGGACAUCAGAUCAUACUUUAAGAUUUUGGAAUACAACAACUGGAGUCUGUGUUAAAUCACUUGAUGUAGUUGCUCAGGUGUCUGGUAUAAUAUGGAAUACAGAAUAUCGUGAAAUUUUAACUAGUCAUGGAGCUCCUCUCAAACAGCUUGUUAUAUGGAAAUAUCCAGAAAUUACCCAAAUUACCCACCUUAAAGAACACCAGGGUCGUGUAUUGUGUAUUGCCUCAUCACCAGAUAAUGAGAUGGUUGCCAGUUGUGCAGCUGAUGAGACUUUACGUGUUUGGCUUUGCUUUCAAGUUGAUCCAAACAAGAAACGUAUUCGGCAGAAGAGUCAACGACCUUCUGUUUAUUCACGUGGUAUAUUUGCUACCUCAAGGUCGGUUGUGAACUGGAGUUCGUACUGUUUAGGCUUCUACUCAGAAAUGGCAACAUCACCAAGUGAAAAUAAAAAGCUUGAAGUGCCGCCGGCUAUGAAGUUUGUACUAGGUGGAACUGCUGGGAUGUGUGCUUCUGUUUGCGUUCAACCUUUGGACCUUGUAAAAAAUCGGAUGCAAAUGAGCGGUGUUGGUGGUGCUGGUGCUGGUGCCAUUCAAAGCAAUAGCUUCCAGGUUCUUCUAUCAGUUAUCAGAAAUGAAGGAUUCUUUGCAAUCUACUCAGGCUUAUCUGCUGGCUUACUUCGUCAAGCUACCUAUUCAACUGCUCGUUUAGGUAUAUACACUAAUUUGUUUGAAAAGUAUUCAAAGUUAAAACAAGAAUCUCCCAGCUUCUUCGUCAAAAUAAGCAUAGCAAUUACUGCUGGUAUAUGUGGUGCAUUCAUUGGUACACCAGCAGAAAUUUGUCUUAUCCGGAUGACAUCCGAUGGCAGAUUACCACCAGCGGAACGUCGAAAUUAUUCGAAUGUCUUCAAUGCUCUGAUGCGGAUUACUCGUGAAGAGGGUCUGUUCACAUUAUGGAGGGGUGCGAUUCCUACUAUGGGACGUGCAGCUGUAGUUAAUGGUGCACAGUUAGCCACUUAUUCUCAAGCGAAACAGAAAAUCCUAGAAACCGGUUAUUUUACUGAUGGAUUAGGUGUGCAUACAAUGGCCAGUUUUUUAAGUGGUUUCACUACAUCUGUGUGCUCUUUGCCUAUUGAUAUUGCAAAGACAAGAAUUCAAAAUAUGAAAAUUGUUGAUGGGAUUCCAGAAUAUAAAAAUAUGGGGGAUGUUAUUCUGCGCGUAAUUCGUAAUGAAGGUAUUCAUUCAUUAUGGAAAGGUUUCACACCGUAUUUUCUACGUAUUGGACCACACACCGUUUUGACAUUUAUCUUUUUAGAACAGUUAAACCGUGCUUACCUAAUAAAUGUAUUAGGUGAUAAAAGUGGUCAGCGUGCUGGAGGACUCUAA